AUGGAGGAGAUUUCAAAGAUACGGAAGGCCUACAGAGCAGGCGUUCAGAAACGAAGCAAGAAAUCAAAACUUCCCCAAAGAACUAGACACUCAGGCUACAAAUCACGCAGCCUUCUAAACCUCUUCGUCUGGAUGGAACGUGAAAAAGUAGAUACCAGCAUAGUGUAUCGAGAGAAACUUCUUAAAACUAGUGAAGAGAUGGACUUUUAUCGUGCAGCACCAGAGAAAUUUCCACUAUUGCGAUCUGCCUUUAUUACCUUCGCCAAUCCACUAGCCGCUCAUAUGGCAUGUCAAACCGUGAUUCAUACUGGCUCAGGUUAUAUGACACCCCGCACAAUACCUUUGUCCAUUGACGACGUGGUAUGGAGCAAUAUUAACAUUACUUGGAAGGGCAGAACCAUACGCACUGUCCUUUCGAACACGCUUAUCAUGGUAACGGCGACUGCUUGCGUCAUACCAGUAGCUCUGGCAGGUCUGCUCUCCCAGGUCAUCUACAUCACUCGGGUGGUGCCUUGGCUGAGCUGGAUCAGUGAACUUCCAGAAUCCUUCCUAAGUCUACUCCAAGGUGUAUUGGCUCCCACACUAGUGGCCAUCUUGACUAAAGGAUUUGUCGUCGCAUUAGAGUAUUUUGUCAGGCAGCAGGGUAUCUCUUCCAGGAGCCAUAUAGACCUCAAGAUUCAGGAUUAUUACUUUUAUUUCCUCUUUCUCCAAGUUACUCUCGUAGUAUCACUUUCUGCAGGACUUACCGCGAUUGCGAACGAGAUGGCACAUGGAGCCUCAUUGGCUGUGACCUUGGCCAAGAAUCUACCAAAAGCAAGUAAUUACUUCUUGUCAUAUAUUCUCUUACAAGCUUUUUCAAUUAGCGCCAACUCUCUUUUGAGAUUUGAUCGCUUAAUAGGAACCUUUGUACUAGGCCCAAUCUUCGAUAAGUCAAUUACUCAGAUGAUGAUAAGAAGAAAGGGCCAGGACCUCCAAUGGGGCACUUUUGUUCCUUUUUUUACAAAUCUCUCUUGCAUUGGAUUUCUCUACGCCAUUAUUUCACCCAUCAUCAUUCCUUUCCAGGUAGUUAUAAUAAGCUUGUUUUGGAUCAUCUACUCCAGAUCCAGUAUCCUGAUCACUAAGCGGGAUCACGGGGGUCUCUUCUAUCCCAAAGCAAUCAAACAGCUCUUGAUGGGCUUGUAUCUAAUGCAAGUCUUUCUUAUCGCUCUAUUUCUUCUUGUACGAGACUCGCAGGGCAACAUUAAGUGUAUUAGUCAGGCAUGCGUCAUGUUGGUUGCUACAGGGUUGACUGUGAUAUACCAUCGCUUGCUUUGCAGAGCAUUCAAUCCGCUGAUAAGCUUUUCUCCCACUGCGCUCAACGAGAGUCUAGCCGAGGAGGCAAUUCCCCCCCCUCCUUUUCUCCACAAGGCCCUUACAUCAAUUCCAGUGAUUAGAAUCCCUAAAGAUGACCACGGGAUCAGUUCAGCUCGAGCACUGCAGCUUAGAGAGGAACUAAAAGGCGUGGCAAUAUCUGAUACGGACGCUAUCAUAACUGCAUCAGGCAAGAUCCGCUUAAAGUAG